UGCCUAGCUCGAUAUUGAACAUAAGCCCCCGUUUCCGAUCUCUAGUUCUCGUACCAUGUCUGCAAACAAAGAGCAAAAUCUGAAUUGUUCUUGCUUCACUUUGCUUCCACACAAAAAGAGAUCAGACAGCUGGUUCUGUGAAGUCCUAGACACCGCCUUUCGUUUCCUGUGCUCAAGAUGUACGACUCUUCGUGGGAGAAAGUGAGUCGCUCUUCCCAUCCAAAUUUGUGGAGCCCUCCCAUCGUCACUCCCAUAGGCCGAGGCGCCAUGUCCGAAACAGAGACCGAUCUGUCCAGCCAGUUCCCCAUGCUGAGCCCCGCCGACACCCAGCGCAGAGAACGGCUCCCGUCCGUUGACGAAAUCCUAUUCAAGAUCAGGCAUCAGGAAACAUCCUGCCCACCUUAUUCCCAGGAAUACCAUCUUGUGCCACCCACUUUCCCUCAGGCCUAUCAAAACCAACAACAGCCAAGCAUAGCCCACUGGCAGCAACCAUCGCUACGUACGUCGCAGUACCAGUUCGACCAGCGGGCCGGGUCCAGCCACGCGUGGAAAGACGAAGGUGCCAUGAACCCGGGCGGCCCCUUUGCAGCAGCCACGCUCCAAGUAGCAUCGGGACCCUUCGUCCCCUCCCUGCCGCUACAUACAGCCCAGGGCACGCCGGCCAAGAAAAGGGGCCGCAAGAAGAAGUCCGACACAAUAUGCUCCCACUGCCAGCUGACACAGACGCCCGAGUGGAGGCGGGGCCCCGACGGCUCGCGCACGCUAUGCAACGCGUGUGGCUUGUUCUAUCUGAAACUCACAAAGAAGUUUGGGAUCCAGGAUGCCAACAUGGUUUUCGCGUACAAGAAACGCCACAACGAGGUCCAGGACAGGGUCGUGCCGAGCGUGCAGCAGAAAAACCGCUACUUGAGCGAGUCGCUGGCAGACUGACGGGCCGCGGCCAUACUCCGGGCAGGAGGAAUCAUCUUUAGUUCUUG